AUGGCCUCGGAAACCAUCAACUUUGGGCAGAUAUUUGCGGUCGCUGUCGUCGGCUUUCUCUUAUAUCGCUGGUUCUCUGGGCCCACUCUCCCAUCGUCACAAUCUUCUGGCCGUAACGGAGGGCGUCAAGUCAACCCUGAGCAUGUCGAAGCAGUAGCCCAGAUGUAUCCUCAACUGGACAGACGAGCAAUCAUAUGGGACUUGCAUCGCAACGGAGGCAGCGUUCAAGCGACUGUAGAGAGGUUGCUUGGUGGAAGGACUUUGGAGACGCCCCCACCAUCAUUCCAACCUCCGAUCCCUCGUGCCGCAGCCCCACCUGCUGCCAGCAGACCUGUCGCAGAAGCAAAAGUCAACCCCGAUCUGAUUACUCGAUACAACCUCUCGUCGCGUCUCAGUACCCAAGAAGGCAGUCAAGAGUCUGAAGCAACAGGCACAAAGGGUUGGUCUCAGAACAAGACAGAAAGAUCUGAAAUUCUGAAGCGAAGAAGAGAGGAGAUGGUGCUUGCUGCGAGACGGAAGAUGCAGGCAAAGGACCAGACCAAGACUGUCUAA